AUGCGAGCGGCCGCGCUGGGGCUGGCGCUUCGGGCGCUCUGGGCUCUGGCCCUCUCCUCCCUCUCCAACACGCUGGCGGUGAACAACAGCGGCCGGUGGUGGGGCAUCAUCAACGUGGCCUCGUCCACCAACCUGCUGACGGACUCCAAGAACGUGCAGCUGGUGCUGGACCCCAGCCUGCAGCUGCUGAGCCGCAAGCAGCGCAAGCUGAUCCGGCAGAACCCCGGCAUCCUGCACAGCGUCAGCUCCGGCCUCCAGACCGCCAUCAAGGAGUGCAAGUGGCAGUUCCGCAACCGCCGCUGGAACUGUCCCACCUCGCAGGGCCCCAACAUCUUCGGCAAAAUCGUCAACCGGGGCUGCCGGGAGACGGCAUUCAUCUUUGCCAUCACCAGCGCCGGCGUGACGCACUCGGUGGCCCGGUCGUGCUCCGAGGGCUCCAUCGAGUCCUGCACCUGCGACUACCGGCGCCGCGGCCCUGGGGGGCCCGACUGGCACUGGGGGGGCUGCAGUGACAACAUCGACUUUGGGCGCCUCUUCGGGAGGGAGUUUGUGGACUCCAGUGAGAAGGGCCGAGACCUGCGUUUCCUCAUGAACCUGCACAACAACGAGGCUGGGCGCAUGACGGUCUUCUCGGAGAUGCGCCAGGAGUGCAAGUGCCACGGCAUGUCGGGCUCCUGCACCGUCCGCACCUGCUGGAUGCGGCUGCCCACCUUCCGCGCCGUGGGCGACGUCCUGAAGGAUCGCUUCGACGGCGCCUCCCGCGUCAUCUACGGCAACAAGGGCAGCAACCGGGCGUCGAGGGUGGAGCUGCACCACCUGGAGCCUGAGAACCCGGCCCACAAGCCGCCCUCGCCCCACGACCUCGUCUACUUCGAGAAGUCCCCCAACUUCUGCACCUACAGCGGGAAGACGGGCACGGCGGGCACGGCGGGCAGGUUCUGCAACAGCUCCUCGCCGGGGCUGGACGGGUGCGAGCUGCUGUGCUGCGGGCGCGGGUACCGCACGCGCACCCAGCGCGUCACCGAGCGCUGCAACUGCACCUUCCACUGGUGCUGCCACGUCAGCUGCCUCAACUGCACCAACACCCAGGUGCUGCACGAGUGUCUGUGACCCCCCCACCCCCUCCCGGG